UUAACACCAUUCGACACCGACAUGUCGAAUGUAACAUGCUCGUUCUACACAUGUUCCACCGACGACUCGGUCUAUUGUCAUUACGAGCAACUAGUACAAUGAGUUACGGAGGUGAAGGUCGACGGCAGCCAUGGAAGAGAGGAGGAGGUGGCUGGGGACGUGGUCGCAGAUAUGGAAAUAACAGUAGGGAAGAUCAGGAUGGUGAUGGCUGGGGCAGAGGUGGAGGCGGAAGGCAAAGAGGAGGGUAUAGAGGAGGACGAAGAGGAAGAAGAUGGGAAGGAGAGGAGGGAGAAGAAGGGGGAGGACAUGGAGAGAGAGAGCGAAGAGGAGGAGGAGGAGGAGGUAGAGGACGACACCCAUCAGGCUUAUCUGGCAGAGAAAUCGGGAUGUUUUAUAGAGAAAAAUCUCUAGCUAAUGCUGCUAAGAGAGAAAAAGAAAUGACCCCUGUGGUGAACCUACAAGGUAAUAUGAAGCGUAAGAUACGUAAUCUGCUAGACGAUAUCAACACGGCAGAUAACAUCCAGCCUCAGCCCUUCAGAUCUGGUGCCUCUCUGGACAAGGAUAUGAGUGCAACAACUGAACGGCCAUCCACAUCUCGUACCGAAGGCUACAGUCAGGAGACUUUUGCGCGUCCAAACACUACAGCAGGUUCUUCUAGUGGACAGAGGUCAACAGGUGCCAGAGGUCAGGGUUCACAAGAAUAUCAAAGUUUCAAGAUUAAAUCAAAUCGGGAAGAGAGCAGAACUGAUUCUUCUUAUGAUCCAUGGAUGGAUACAGAUUCUGACAGAACGGAGACUGGUUCAAUUGGACGUAACUCUUCAAGGGAGGCAACUGGAGGAGAAGAUAAUUUACUUGAGCAAGAUGAGGAUUAUGAUGAAUACGCUGAGUUGCCAAUGGAUGAGGAGGUCAUGCAAAACCAAAAGGAGGCAAUGAGCUUCUUAUUUGAUGAUGAAAUGGAUUAUGAUUCCUUGGGAUUAUCUGGGUUAGAGAGUGACCCAGACUUGGACCAAUUCCUAAUGAAACAAGCAGAUAGCCGUAAGACUAACAGACACUUUAUGAAGAUGAUGGACUUUAGGAAAAAUCUGCCUUCCUUUAAAAAGAGAAAGGAAAUACUGGAAGCCUUAGAAUCACACCAAUGCUUGGUAAUAAGUGGUGAGACUGGAUGUGGCAAGACUACACAGGUGCCGCAGUUCAUUCUAGACGACUACAUAUCACAUGGGAAGGGCUCACAGUGUAAAGUGAUAUGUACUCAGCCAAGACGGAUCAGCGCCAUUUCUGUGGCGGAGCGGGUAGCAGACGAGCGUGGACAAAAUUUAGAUGGUGGGGACAUUGGAUACUCUAUCAGACUAGAAAGUACUGCCUCGAAGAAUCAGUACGAAAGAAAAAAAGAUUUUACAACAGAAAACAGGCCGAGCAGUGUCAGCUUGAGUUAGAUGAGAAGGCAGCCUGGGUUAAAACACUGGACUCCACAAAGUACUCCCCAUCAACAAAGAGGACACUGGUUAACAUGGACAUGACAGAGGUGGACAUCGACCUCAUUCACCAAAUCAUUCAUCAUAUCUGCUUCAAAAUGGACGGCGAUGGGGCCAUUUUGGUAUUUGUUCCUGGUAUGGCAGAAAUAAAAAAUCUGAACAAGAGUUUAGUUAAUACACCAGCUUUCAACAAUCGUAAUUUUCGGAUAAUUCCUCUUCAUUCACUGAUGCCUACUGUGAACCAGAGAGAGGUGUUUGAUCGACCACCACCUGGUGUGAGGAAGAUCAUCAUAGCUACCAACAUAGCCGAGACCAGUAUCACUAUUGACGAUGUGGUGUAUGUGGUAGACGCUGGGAAGAUAAAGAUAAAGGAUUUCGAGCCUGAGUCUAACCUAUCAACACUGUCCUCCCAGUGGGUGUCCAAGGCCAACGCUCGACAGAGGCGGGGUCGAGCUGGACGUGUCCAGGAGGGUGUGUGUUUCCACUUGUUUACCAGUCUCCAACAGGAAUCACUAAUCGACUACCAACUACCGGAGAUUCUACGCACUCCUCUGGAGGAACUAUGUCUACAAAUAAAGCUUUUAAAACUUGGAAUGGUGGAGCCAUUUAUCAACAAAGCCAUGCAGCAACCGUCCCCGAAGGCUGUCCACUCCGCUCUGACAACACUACAAGACCUGAAAGCUCUGGAUGAGGAUGAGAAUCUUCUCCCUCUUGGCCAUCACCUUGCACGGUUGCCUGUUGACCCCAAGUCUGGCAAGAUGAUUCUGUUUGGAGCCAUGUUUGGCUGUCUGGAUCCGAUCUGCACUAUUGCUGCAAGUUUGAGCUUCAAGAAUGCCUUUGUUGUUCCCUUGGGAAAGGAAGCUGAAGUCGACCAGGUGAAGUCCAGAUUGUCUGAAGAAAGUCAAAGUGAUCACAUCAUGCUCGUUAAUGCUUUCAAGGGCUGGGAAAGAGCCAAGCAGAGAGGAACAGCUCCACAUUAUUGCUUUGAGAACUUCUUGUCUUCAAGUGUGCUAAAGCAACUAGCUGAAAUGAAAGGACAGUUCGCUAAAUUGUUACAUGAUCGCAAGUUUGUUAAAACAUGGAGUCCAUCUGAUCCAUCAGUGAACAUCAAUUCCGAUAAUGAAAACUUGGUAAAAGCGAUAAUCUGUGCUGGAUUGUACCCAAAUGUGGCCAAGCUAGCAUCGGCACGCAAACCAAAACAUUACAAGCCUGUGAAGCUUCACCUUAAAGGCAAGGAGUUUGUUUACCUACACCCAUCAUCUGUAAACAAAAGGAGCCAAGGGACAAACUCCUCUUGGUUCAUCUAUCAUAAGAAGAUGAAAACUGAGCAAGUUUAUCUGUACGAUACCAGUGUAGUGUCUCCCUACUCUCUCCUUAUGUUCGGUGGGGAGAUAGCAACAUCAGAAGAAAUCGUGGAUGAUGAAGUCAGGCCAAAGGUUACUGUUGACGACUGGAUAUUGUUUUGGACCAGCUUUUCAACAGCUCAGAUGGUUAAGGACCUUCGACUUCAACUAGACAGAAUAUUGGAAGAAAAGAUCAAACAUCCAGGACCAACAAACUGGUCCAAAAGUAGCAGAGAGGGGGCCAUCAUGUCUGCCAUUACAGAACUCCUUACCACAGAAGAACUUGUCAAUUAUAGGGACGAGAAAAACCAACAACAGCGACAUGAACAGUACCAGGGAUAUAGAAGCUGAUGUUACUGUGUUGGUAGAUAUAGGAUACAUGACUCACAUUGUGUUGGUAGAUAUAGGAUACAUGACUCACAUUGUGUUGGUAGAUAUAGGAUACAUGAUUCACAUUGUGUUCAGAGCCCAGCAUCAAGAUAAAUUGUGGACGUAGAAAUACUUCUUGUGUCGUCAUUGUGAAGACCCAGAAAGGAUGACAACAAUUAAAAUUCCAUGACAAACUGAACCGUUAGUUUUUCUGGAGUCUCAUUUAGUGUGACAAGGCCAGUUUUUCUGGAGUCUCAUUUAGUGUGACAAUGUCAGUUUUUCUGGAGUCUCAUUUAGUGUGACAAUGCCAGUUUUUCUGGAGUCUCAUUAGUGUGACAAUGCCAGUUUUUCUGGAGUCUCAUUUAGUGUGACAAUGCCAGUUUUUCUGGAGUCUCAUUAGUGUGACAAUGCCAGUUUUUCUGGAGUCUCAUUAGUGUGACAAUGCCAGUUUUUCUGGAGUCUCAUUUAGUGUGACAAUACCAGUUUUUCUGGAGUCUCGUUAGUGUGACAAUGCCAGUUUUUCUGGAGUCUCAUUAGUGUGACAAUACCAGUUUUUCUGGAGUCUCAUUAGUGUGACAAUGCCAAGACUACAACAGAUAUUGUCUCUACACGUUUUCAUUUGGUUCUAGUGUUUGUCAGUAUUGACUUGACAUUGUCUUCAAAUCAAGAAACAAAAUGGUCACAUCACGUCUGUAACUGGACCGUUACGUCCUGUUAGAAAAGUUAGGUGUCAUAUGCCUGAUCACUUGGGUUAUGCAGUAACUUCAGUUUUCCUCAAAGUUGACCCCUCAGGCGCUUCCAACCGGGCCAACAAGCUUGAUUAAUAUAAGUUGAUAUAACUUAAUUCGUAAUUGUUGUAAAAUAAAUAAAGUUUACAGAAAUAUACAUACGUACUUAUCCUCUAUGCAGCAUGCUUCAUUAUGUACAGAUAAUCCAACACCCCACUGAUGUAGUGUUGAGUGGUCAGAUAAUCCAACACCCCACUAAUGUAGUGUUGAGUUGUCAGUGAAUACAACACCCCACUUAUGUAGUGUUGAGUGGUCAGAGAACCCAACAUCCCACUGAUGUAGUGUUGAGUGGUCAGAGAACCCAACAUCCCACUGACCACUGAUGUAGUGUUGAGUGGUCAGAGAAUCCAACACCCCACUGAUGUAGUGUUGAAUGGUCAGAGAAUCCAACACUCCACUGAUGUAGGGUUGAGUUGUCAGUGAAUCCAACACCCCACUGAUGUAGUGUUGAGUGUUCAGAGAAUACAACACCCCACUGACCACUGAUGUAGUGUUGAGUGGUCAGAGAAUCCAACACCCCACUGAUGUAGUGUUGAGUGGUCAGAUAAUCCAACACCCCACUAAUGUAGUGUUGAGUUGUCAGUGAAUACAACACCCCACUUAUGUAGUGUUGAGUGGUCAGAGAAUCCAACACCCCACUGACCACUGAUGUAGUGUUGAGUGGUCAGAGAAUCCAACACCCCACUGAUGUAGUGUUGAAUGGUCAGAGAAUCCAACACCCCACUGAUGUAGUGUUGAGUGGUCAGAGAAUACAACACCCCACUGACCACUGAUGUAGUGUUGAGUGGUCAGAGAAUCCAACACCCCACUGAUGUAGUGUUGAGUGGUCAGAUAAUCCAACACCCCACUAAUGUAGUGUUGAGUUGUCAGUGAAUACAACACCCUAUUGAUGUAAUGUUGAGUUGUCAGAGAACCCAACAUCCCACUGACCACUGAUGUAGUGUUGAGUGGUCAGAGAAUCCAACACCCCACUGAUGUAGUGUUGAGUGGUCAGAGAAUCCAACACUCCACUGACCACUGAUGUAGUGUUGAGUGGUCAGAGAAUCCAACACCCCACUGACCACUGAUGUAGUGUUGAGUGGUCAGAGAAUCCAACACCCCACUGACCACUGAUGUAGUGUUGAGUGGUCAGAGAAUCCAACAUCCCACUGAUGUAAUGUUGAGUGGUCGGAGAAUCCAACACCUCACUGAUGUAGUGUUGAGUGGUCAGAGAAUCUAACACCCCACUGAUGUAGUGUUGAGUUGUCAGUGAAUACAACACCCCAGUGAUGUAGUGUUGAGUUGUCAGAGAAUCCAACACCCCACUGACCACUGAUGUAGUGUUGAAUGGUCAGAGAAUCCAACACCCCACUGAUGUAGUGUUGAGUGGUCAGAGAACCCAACACCAUAUUGAUGUAGUGUUGAAUGGUCAGUGAAUACAACACCCCACUUAUGUAGUGUUGAGUGGUCAGAGAAUCCAACACCCCACUGAUGUAGUGUUGAGUGGUCAGUGAAUACAACAUCCCACUGAUGUAGUGUUGAAUGAUCAGUGAAUACAACACCCCACUGAUGUAGUGUUAAGUGGUCAGAGAAUCCAACACCCCACUGACCACUGAUGUAGUGUUGAGUGGUCAGAGAAUACAACACCCCACUGAUGUAGUGUUAAGUGGUCAGAGAACCCAACACCCCACUGAUGUAGGGUUGAGUGGUCAGAGAAUCCAACACCCCACUGACCACUGAUGUAGUGUUGAGUGGUCAGAUAAUCCAACACCCCACUGAUGUAGUGUUGAGUGGUCAGAGAAUCCAACACCCCACUGAUGUAGUGUUGAGUGGUCAGAGAACCCAACACCCCACUGAUGUAGUGUUGAGUGGUCAGAGAACCCAACACCCCACUGACCACUGAUGUAGUGUUGAGUGGUCAGAUAAUCCAACACCCCACUGAUGUAGUGUUGAAUGGUCAGAGAAUCCAACACCCCACUGAUGUAGUGUUGAGUGGUCAGAGAACCCAACACCAUAUUGAUGUAGUGUUGAAUGGUCAGAGAAUACAACACCCCACUGAUGUAGUGUUAAGUGGUCAGAGAAUCCAACACCCCACUGACCACUGAUGUAGUGUUGAAUGGUCAGUGAAUCCAACACCCCACUGAUGUAGUGUUGAAUGGUCAGUGAAUACAACACCCCACUGAUGUAGUGUUGAGUGGUCAGAGAAUCCAACACUCCACUGACCACUGAUGUAGUGUUGAAUGGUCAGUGAAUACAACACCCCACUUAUGUAGUGUUGAAUGGUCAGAGAAUCCAACACCCCACUGAUGUAGUGUUGAGUGGUCGAAGAAUCCAACAUCGGUUUUGAGGCUUAAAACAACAAUCACUAGGUGUUUCAAAAGCAGCAGAUGCUGUGUCGAGGGAAAACCUCACAGGGUUAAAAUAAAACAUAAACUCGUACUAGUUUUUAAUUUUUUUUUAUUACAGGAAGACUUACAAGAAACAGCUGAUAAUGGAUGUUCUAAAAUAACAAAUGAGAAAGUCAGCUACUGAAGUUGUCUCCCCUGUCACAGUGCUAGAGUCUUAAGUACCAUCAGGUUUCGGUGGGGAAUUUGUCUUUAUUCAAAACAUACUUUUUGAUUUUGAUUUUUUUUUUUUAAUUGAUUUAAUUGGUCUUUUAUGCUGCAAUUAGCUGAUUUUCAUAUCAUUGCAGCGAUUGUAAACCACACAAUUUCGAUUAAAAUUGAUUGACCCAAGUACAAACAGUUAUUUCAAAAUUUUAUGUAGAAGCUGGUAAGAUCUGAUAUUGUAAUAAAUGUUUGCCAAUAUUUGUGUGACACUGAGAAAUACUUCUGAUUUUAGCCUUAACCUAUAAUAACUGAACUCAACUUUGUCUGGAGGAAGAUAACCUUUGACCUGAUCAUGUCCUUUCUGCCUGUGAUGGUCUCUUCACCAUGUUACCAGUAAAUAAAAUUAAAGCUAGUACAUAACCCAUGGGACAACAAAUAGCAGAAAUCUUGGAUGUCAUAUUGGAGUUGUUUCCCUUAAUUCUAAGGUACCUUCCUCCAUUUGAACCAGUAAGUUUGGACAAAACAUUGACAACACUGCAAGGUCUUGUUCCAAAUCAACUGGGAAAUUUAUUAAGUCUCCUAAUGAGUGGAUAAACACUACUUAUAUAAAAAGAAAUCGAUUUUUUUCUGAUCAGUAUAUGCCUCAUCAUCUUAAGCCAUCAAAAAAUAGAAUAUUUUUAAUUAAAUUAUUUCUAAAUUUUGGUCUUAAUCAGAACAUCAUACCAGACCUAGGGCAGAAACAAAUGCUGCUGAUUUGUUGAAGUAAAAACUAACUGUUUCACAGUAUCUGAAUACGUUCCAUGGUCAAAAUAAGACAGAAAUUGAGAAGGAGCUUCUACAGAUGAUGAGGUAUAUAGAGCUAUCUUUGUAAGUAUUAGAUGCUAUGGUAAGAAGUUUAUGAUAAAUGAAAAUUCUCGCUCACGGAGACAAGAUCUUACAGUUAUACAUUAUAAUGUGGCAUGUUUCAUUCAGGAGCAGAAGGAAAAAAAAGGAAAACCUGCAAUAUAUAAAAUGUUGAUGCUUACAACAGUGAUGGAUGGUAUAUACAAUGGUUACAACAUCCAAUCAAUGUAUAUGUACCCUAAUGUUGAUAUCACAAAGGUCAAGGUCAACAAAUCACAAAGGUCAAAUAAAGGUCACAAGAAAUCAUACCAACGUGGAGCUUGACUGACCUGCAGGGUUAUCUUCAGUGCUUUGAUUCCUUUAUAUAAAACUUUACAUUAAUAAAUUUGGAAAUUAUGUAAAACUUGGUAUUAAAUCAUUUCGAAAGAAGAUAAAUAUUAAAAAGAAAUGUCCAGAUUUCAUUAUAGUAGAAAUGUGUUGCACACAAGAAUAAAAAAAAUAUUGUGAAGCAACAAAAGUAUAAAAUAUCAUUUGCUAAAAAUUUAGUGAACUCUCACAAAGCCGUACCAUUACAGGCGUAAAUGAUGAAAUAACAAUAUAACAGACAAAAACAUCUCUAACAGUGAUGAUGAAUCACAAAGAAAACCUCACGUAAAACGGGUUGAGACACCAGUGGAACAGUCAUCUGUUUACAGGAUAUCUCGCUCAGGUCACAGCGACCUACUUAGGUACUUACUGCGUAAUACAACAAUAUAAACACAAGCUCACAACAAAGAAUGUUAACAGUUUUAUCACAAAAUAGUUUUGUCAAACACAAGAAAAAAUGAAUACAGUGUUACUGUUAAAUAUCGAUGAUAAUCAUUAGUUAUGAUGGUAGUCAAGGUAACCUUGACAGCAGUAACACAAUGUAUACAAAAGAGGGUUAAUGACACGAGGUCGCCCUUAAAAUAUGUUAACACAACAAUGACUAUUGUUCAUAUACAACUAUUGGCGAUAUGUGCUUUACGAAGUCUGACAAUCCCCAUCGAUCAGCUAACUUAUUGUUUUUGGAUGUCAAACCAACAUUUUCCAUUCCAUCUCCUCAAACAUAUAUUCAUAUUGUUCAACAUAAUAACACAUUUAAUACAAGUUUAAUUAAGACAGUGUUGUAAAUGUUAUAACGGAUAUAUAUGUCUACCUUUUUACAUCAUACAGUUUUCAAAAUUCCUGGAAUGUACUGGGUUUUUAUUCACUUUUUACAUAAUUUUCCUAUAUUUACAAAAAAAAUAUAUAUACACCCCUUUAUAAUUUGAAAUAAAAUUAGGUGGUUUGAAGUUUUUUAGUCUAUACAGGUGUUAGUAGGUUGUCCAUAAAUAAAAAGAAAAUUAUCACAACUUCAUCAUUAAUCCUGAUAGGAUUCAUAUUAGUUUCAGUAAAACACAACCAGUUUUAAAAGAGCUUGUAGGAUGUGAAUAAAUAAUUAAAAAGUUGUAUAUUCGAUAAAACAUUGUAAAAGGACAAAAAACAAAACACAAUCUGUACACGGGCUACAUUACAAAUGAUGUCAAGCUUACGUCUUAAAAUGGGAG